AUGUCGGCUUUUUUUAAUUCACCCACAAGAAAGCAAUAUAAUAGUCAAGAUGCCGUUGAAGCUUUGACUGGUAAUAUAAGUAACUUGAGUUUCAACACCAAAGAAAACACCACACCAAUGAAAUCUAAAUAUUACACUAAUAACCGUGCUGGCCCUAUUAUCAGAGAAGAUAACUCUUUGAUGGAAGUUGAUGAUUCUGAUUUUGUCCCAGGUUCUUCCAAUCAUGUCGAUGCCUUGUCAAGAUCUCCAAAAAAACUACCCACCGAUUUUUAUUCCAAAGCUUCCUCUAGUAAAACAAAAAGAUUAGUAGACGUAUGCCAAAUGUUUUUCUUAGAUUAUUAUUGUGACAUGUUUGAUUAUGUAAUUAGCAGAAGAGAACGUACGCGUGAGGUUGCUAUGAUGUUAAAGGAUCAACCAAAUGAACAAGAGGUUGCCAGUGCAUGGCAGGGAUAUUUCCAAAAAGAGUCUUAUGCGUUAAGAAAAAGAAGAUUAAAGCCUAGAACAAAAGAUUUUGAAAUGAUCACCCAGAUUGGCCAAGGUGGUUAUGGUGCUGUUUACUUAGCUAGAAAAAAGGAUACCAGAGAAAUCGUUGCUUUGAAAACAGUUAACAAAAGAUUUUUCUCCAAAGAAACCAGUUAUUUUGUCACAGAAAGAGAUAUUUUGACUAUUACUAGGUCUGAUUGGUUAGUUAAGUUGUUUUAUGCCUUUCAAGACUCCCAAUGCUUAUAUUUAGCAAUGGAAUUUGUUCCAGGUGGCGAUUUCAGAACUUUAUUAUUUAACACCAGAACUUUAAUUUCUUCGCACGCAAGAUUCUACAUAAGCGAAAUGUUUUGCGCCGUCAAUGCAUUGCAUGAACUAGGAUAUACCCAUAGAGAUUUGAAACCUGAAAAUUUUUUGAUAGAUGCCGGUGGUCACAUAAAAUUAACUGACUUUGGUUUGGCAGCCGGCCACGUGUCUAAGGAAAGAAUCGAAAGUAUGAAACUGAGAUUAGAACAGGUUAAAAACUUGAAUUUCCCAGAAUUUAAAGAACGUUCUAUGGAAGAUAGGGCAAGAAUGUAUCAACAAUUAAGAUCUGAAAAUAUUAACUAUGCGUCAAGCACUGUAGGUUCACCUGAUUAUAUGGCUCUGGAAGUUUUGGAAAAGGGCAGAAGCUAUGAUUUUACUGCUGAUUAUUGGUCCUUGGGUUGUAUAUUGUUUGAAAGUCUAGUAGGUUAUACACCGUUCUGUGGUAGCAACACUAAUGAAACGUAUGAAAAUCUACGAAACUGGAAAGAGGUUUUACGCAGACCAGUGAAAAGUAAUGGUAGUUAUGCUAUUAGCGAUAGGACAUGGGAAUUGAUUACACGGUUAAUCGCAGAUCCUACAAAGAGAUUGAAAUCUUUUGAACAUGUUAAAAGAAUGAGAUAUUUUGUUGAGAUAGAUUUUGACAAUUUGAGAAAAGUCCAACCUCCAUUUGUUCCACAAUUAGACGAUGAAACAGACGUUGGCUAUUUCGAUGAUUUUUCCAAUGAGGAACAUAUGGCUCGUUACGGAGAUGUUUUCAAAAGGCAGGCUAAAAUGGAAAACAAUGCAAGUAACGAUGUUAUGGCAAAUAUUGUUGGUUUUACCUUUAAGCACAGGAAGGGUAAGAGUGGUUCAACAGGUAUUUUAUACGAUGGUGCUCAAAAUGUAGAUCCAUUUGCUACUUUUUACUGA